AUGGGGGCGGGCCUGGACGCCUGCCCGGCCGUCCCCAUGUGACUGGCCGAGGACGACCUGGGCUGCAUCAUCUGUCACGAGCUGUUGGCCCGGCCCGCCACGCUCUCCUGCGGCCACAGCUUCUGUCACAACUGCCUGAUGGGUCUGUGGGGCGCAGGGCGCCACGGGUCCUGCCCCACCUGCCGCGAGGGCGCCGAGCGGCCGCUGCAGCUGCGGAAGAACACGAUGAUGCAGGACCUGGAGGACAAGUACAGUCGGGAGGCACGCGAGCUGGAGGGCCCGAACCCAGCGCCCGGGACCCCGCGCCGCACAGCGCAGCUGCCGGCGGUGGCGCAGAAGAGCAUCACAGAAGUUGGCUGGGGGCUCGCAGAGCUGGUGGAACGGCUUAUAGAUACUGUCAGGAGCCUUCAGAGUCAGAGACAUCUCCCAGAAUCUGAACCAGACAAUGAAAUGAGCAUCCUGGCUGUGGCUUUGUCAGAUGGGGUGGACUUUUCCUUGGCUUCUCCAAAACUAGUGACUUCCAACACACCUGAGGGGAAAAUGAGAGAUCUCCAUGACCUAGAAGAGAUCCAGGAAAAAUUACAAGAAAACUUCAUGUGGAAAGAGGCCCUUGAAGAACAAAUGCAGGUUGAACUACCAGAAGCUCUGUCUUCCUCCUCAUGCCCACUGCCUGACCAGAGCCACCUGGCACCCAAGAGGGCUUCCUCGUUCGCUCAAUGGGUCAUCAAUCCAACCUUUGACCUAGGGAGCCUCUCCUGUAGCCUGGAGGUGUCCAAGGACACUGUAUCUCACCGCCCACAGCCCUAUCCCUGGAGUCAUGAGAGGCUUGCCUCCUGCCAGGCCUUAUGUUCCCAGGCUCUCUCUUCUGGGCAGCAGUAUUGGGAACUGGACACUCAGCGAUGUAGCCACUGGGCAGUUGGGGUGGCUUCCUGGGGGAUGAGGCGUGACCAGAUCCUGGGAAGGACCAGGGACUCCUGGUAUGUAGAGUGGAAAGGGACUAGCCAGCUCUCUGCAUGGGACAUGGUCAAGAAAACUGUCCUUGGCUCAAACAGACCUAGUGUGGUGGGCAUCUGGCUGGACCUUGAGGAGGGAAAGCUUGCCUUCUAUUCCGUGGCUGAUCAGGUGAAGCUCGUCUCUGAGUGCCCAGUCUCUGCUGCCUUUCCUCUGCACCCUGUCUGGCUGUAUGGCUUAUUCCCUGGAAGCUCUCUGACUAUGAGGCAAAUAAACGUAUAAACAUUC